AUGUCUGCUGUUUCCAUCGUCCCUUACCGAAGCUGCUCUGAACUGACGGAUCGCUUGUACUCUGCUGAUGAUCUGUACACGAUUCGGCAGAGGGAGGACAAACCCUUACGGGAAUAUGCAGCGCGCUUCAGUCACGAGUACUCAAGGUGUCCUGAAACGGACGAUAGGGCAGCCUAUGGCGCCUUCAAGAGUGGCCUUCGGUCCUCUCACUUCCGGUACCUCGUGCACAGUAGCAACUGGCGCACGUACGAUGAGUUGAUGAAGCAGGCGGCAGUGCAUGCGAAAGCCGAAUACUUCAACUCCAAACCCGGGCCUUCGGCUCGGAAGGAGGAGUCAGCUACCAAAAGUUAUCCGGGGCGAACUGACGAUUCUUCGGCAGGACACAAACGGAAGGACGACCGUGAUAGUCGUCAGGGAAACUCGAAGAAGGGGCACGGGAAAUACGGUCGUAACGACCACCGAGCGCCGUUACUGAAUCACGAUCGUGCCCAGGAGGUCUUCACCCUCCUGAACACAACAUACGAGACCGUUCUGAUGAACGAGCAUGAUCAAAUCCCGAAACUGACGAACUGA